UGGGCGGGCACCUCGUACCUGCUGUCGUGCGCCGUGUGCCAGCCCUUCAUCGCUGCGCUGUCGGACGUCUUUGGGCACCGCGAGAUGCUCCUCGUCUCGGCGCUGCUCUUCACGCUGGGGACGGCCGAGUGCGCGCCCGUCGCCAAGAGCUUCCCUGCCUUCUUCGUCGGCCGGGCGAUCCAGGCCGUUGGUGGCCGAGGCGUCAUCACGCUGGGGCAGGUCAUCUUCGCCGGAAUUGUGCCGCCGCGACAGCGCCCGAAGUACUACUCGCUCGUGCUGGCCGCGUGGGCGCUUCGCAGUGUGCUUGGUCCGUUGGUCGGAGGCCCGUUGGCGGAGAAAACCGUCUAG